ACGAAACGUGUUGUAGAUAAAAAUUUCGGACAAUGUCCGAAUUCGGGUAUAGUGAGUAACAUAUACAAUAUGUAUAUAAUAUAUAUAAUGAAGUAAACAACUCCCACUUUCUUUCCUUUUUGUUAAUUCCCUCUCAUUCUCAAAAAUGGAAACGAAACUCAAUAUGUUAUAACGAUACAUAAACAACGGAACAGAAAGAGAUGUGGAAAUUACAAUUUUUGUAUUUAUAUUUAUAGUAGGUGUAUUACCUAACUUAAACAUGAAAGGAAAUGGAUAUGAGAAAGAAAGAGACGGAGAGUACGAAGAAAGAAAGGAUUAAAGACACCCAACUCAAGUUAAGCCUCAACUUAACACACUUUUUCUACCCGGUUCGCUCGAAAUGUGGGACAUUCACUUCUCAGUCUAGAUUCAGUAAGCUCACGUUAAAACUCGAAGAAAAAAAGCACCUUGUUUAAGAUUCGUUUUAAUUGAAAUAUUUAAAUUUAAAACUUGAUGUUUUGAUAACUUUCUAUUAUCUAUAUAUACAAUUUUUAAUUUUUUUGGGUGUUACUGUAUUUCAAGUUAAUGUGGUUUACUUUCAAAUUGGGAUGUUUUUUACGAUUUUCAUCGUUUUAAUCAUCGCAUAUUUACCAACAUCAAACGGACACGGAAGAUUAAUUGAACCUCCAAGUAGAGCUUCAGCUUGGAGAUAUGGAUUUAACACACCCCCAGAUUACAAUGAUCACGAAUCGUUUUGUGGCGGAUUUACCCGGCAAUGGGUGAAGAAUUCUGGUAAAUGUGGGAUUUGUGGAGAUGCUUGGGAUUCAAGUGUUCCACGUCCUCAUGAAUUCGGCGGUACUUUUGGUCAAGGUGUUAUCGUAAGAAAUUAUUUUCCAAACAGUGAAGUUCCAAUAAAAGUCGAAUUAACCGCCUCGCAUAUGGGAUAUUUUACAUUUUCCCUUUGUCCUGAUUACAAGAAUCCUACCGAGAAAUGUUUAGAAGAUAACUUUUUGGAUAAUUCGCACCCCCAAAACGAAGUCGACCACAAAACGAAACGUUUUUACCCGAAAGAUGGAAACAAAAUUUACGAAAUGACGUUCAAACUACCGCCACAACUAUCAUGUAAACACUGCCUAUUAAUUUGGAGAUACAUUUCCGGAAAUAACUGGGGCGAUUGCCCAAAUGGAACAUCUUCCAUCGGUUGUGGACCUCAAGAAGAAUUUAGAGCAUGCGCGGAUAUCUCAGUUUCAGAUAAAUUCGAGAUUACAACAAGAAUUCCUUUCCAAACAACUCAAACUACUUUCAUAAAUACUUCAUCUACAACAACACCAAUUCAAGAAAACGUUUAUUCCCCAUUAAAUUCGAUUUUAAUUAUAUUAAUUACUUUUUUAAUAGUAUGUUUGGGUAUGUUUAUGAUUUAUUUUUAUUUCUAUCAAGUCGGUAAAAGAAUUAAAGAUUGGAUUGACAAGAUACUUUGUAUAAAUGAUCAUCAAAACGAGAAAGAUUCCAAAAAUGACUCGAAUUCAAAAGAAUCAAGCGAAAUCGGGUCAUUUCCGGUUGUACCACCCAGAAAUAAAAAGAAUAAACCCGUAGGAGACGUUGAUAUGGAAGAAAUAGACUUAAAUACCGUUCAAGUACUUUAAAUAAAGACUGUAAUAUAAAUAAUUAGUUAAUAAUUAUUAUUAAGGUUAACUCCCCAAACAAUUUUAUUUAAUUAUAAGGUAAAUAAUUCACUUGAGAAUUAGUAGAAAUAAAAAUAAUUUAUUUUAUGUAAA